GCGAUCGGAGGGAGGGGAGGGAGCAAUCAGAUGCGGAUGGGCCUACCGGUAGCAGCCGCAAGCACAGCCUUGGUGGUUCUCCCCCGGCGAAUCCCCGUCGCUUCCCUGCUUUCCACGAAGAGCUCGAUGACUUCGGAUUCCGUCGGCGCCGCCUUCACGACCAUCAGAGAAAUGGUAUCCGUGGAGAAAGAGAUCAAGAAGAGCAAGUUCAUUGCAAUCGCAGGUCCUAUCUCCAGCGAGCAAUCGGCUCAACAGUUUCUAUCACAGGUCCGAGAUCCUCGCGCCACGCACAAUUGCUGGGCUUACAAGGUUGGUGAUCAACAUCGAUCUAGCGAUGAUGGUGAGCCAUCGGGAACCGCAGGAAAGCCGAUGCUGUCUGCAAUCUCAUCUUCUGGAUUAGACAGAGUCAUGGUUGUUGUGAUUAGGUAUUUUGGGGGCAUCAAACUCGGAACCGGAGGUCUUGUUAGAGCAUAUGGUGGUGUUACGUCUGAUUGCUUAAAAACUGCCUCUACUCACCUUGUCAAAUCCAAAGUUCAAAUGGGAGUCGAGGUGACGUUUGAUCUCUUAGGUCUUGUUUACAACCAGCUGCAAUCGUGCCAAGCGCAAGACAUCAAGGAAGACUAUGAUACUGGUAAAGAUGGUACCACCAUGGUUUCCUUCAAGGUUGAUUUUGACCAGGUUGAUCAAUUAGAGGAUGCUAUCAAAUCAAACUGCAGACGAGAUCUUGUCUUUUUCAAAAGCAUUUAG